AUGUAUGGUGGAUGGAUCAUGGCACAGUUUAGUGGCUGCGGAUGGGUCUGGAAGGAUAGUCUGGGACAGACACAGCUUAUGGGAAUGCGCAACUUAAGUAGGAGAGAGACUUCUUUGCAUUCGGAAGUGGAGGCACUAAGGUGGGCAAUGGAGAGCAUGCUUCUACAUUCUUCGUGUCAGAGCUUUGGAACAGAUUGCAAAGACCUAAUAGCAAUGAUACGAGAACCUCAAGCUUGGCCAAGUUUCGCGACUGAAUUGGAGGCAAUAAAGACGCUCCAGCUAUGUUUUCCAGAAUUCAAGAUCUCUCACAUCCCACGAGCACAAAAUGGAAUAUCUGAUUCGUUAGCUAAAUCUGCUAGAUCCUUUUAUAGGAAGCUUUGUUACAUUGGUUGUUCUAUUCCGGUCUGGUUACCCACACCAUCUCAAGUUCUUUGA